UGUUACGAGUACCAAAACGAAGAAGAUAAGAGAUUGCAGGAGGAAUUGCAACAAGCGGUCGAUGUAUUGAAGGGUAAGGAUGAGACAGCUAUGUUGUUGUCAUUGAAUCACCUGAGAAUGCUGAUACGUACGUCCACGACUUCGAUGACUUCCGUUCCGAAGCCUCUCAAAUACUUGAGAAAUUUUUAUUCGAGUUUGAGGAGCGCGUACGGAGGGCUCAAGCGGGAAGAGGCGAAGAUACGCUUUGCAGAAAUUCUGAGUGUACUCGCUCUCGCUGGAGCUGCUCCAGGAUCCAGGGACUGUCUGGAUUUCUGCAUCAAAGGGGCCGUGGAUAAGCCUGGGGAAUGGGGCCAUGAAUACGUGCGGCAACUCGAGGCAGAAAUUGUCGACGAAUGGACGAACGUGCCGAUCAAGGAGGAGCGUGAGGUCAGAAAGCGUCUUACACCGUUGAUCAAGAGUAUCAUCGCGUUCGACAUGAGACAUAAUGCGGAAAUACAAGCGUGCGAUCUGUGUUUGGAGACCGACGAGCUAAAUUUCCUCGCGGAAUAUCUAGAGCCUACAAAUGUUGCGCGAGUGUGUCAUUAUUUAAUUAACUGCGCAGCCUACAGCGAGGAUACGGAGAGAAGACAAAUAUUAGAGUUUGCCACGGAGCAAUAUCUAAAGUUUAAUGAGUAUACAAGAGCAAUUUUGGUAGCGCUGCAACUUGCAAAUUCGGAACUUGUUUUCAAGUGUUUUGCAGCCUGCCCCGACUCUUUGACGAGGAAUCAACUAGCCUUUAUCCUCGCCCGUCUACAAGAUCAACCUCUGAGGACAGAAUAUCAUGGGAAUGACGCUAAGGAUGUCGAGAUGAUCCUUAGCAAUGGCCACGUGAACACCCACUUCCAAAUUCUUGCCAGAGAGCUUGACAUACUCGAGCCAAAGCUCCCGGAGGAUAUCUACAAGAGCUGGUUGGUGAGCGGGUUUAGACAAAUGGAGCACGAUUCGGCUAGGGCGAAUUUAGCGGCAAGCUUUGUUUCCGGUUUUGUGCACGCGGGUUUUGGCCAGGACAAGCUGAUGGCGAACACAUCCGAUUGUUGGGUGUAUAAAAACAAGGAACACGGAAUGUUAUCGGCUACCGCGUCUCUGGGCCUGAUACACAUGUGGGAUGUCGACGGUGGAUUAAUUCCUAUCGACAAAUAUCUUUACACGAACGAAGACUACGUGAAAUCCGGUGCUUUUCUAGCGAUCGGACUAGUAAAUUGUGGAAUUCGUAAUGAAUGUGAUCCAGCUUUGGCGCUUCUCAGCGAGUACGUGAAGUCGAACAGCCAGAUCCUUUGCAUUGGAGCUAUCAUGGGAUUGGGUCUGGCUUACGCUGGCUCUAGAAGAAAAGAUGUCACCGAACUUCUUUCUGGAGCUUUCACCGAUGAGCAAGAUGAUAUACAAGUGUUGUCGCUGAUCGCCAUCUCUUUGGGCCUUGUAAAUGUAGGCUCGGGAGACUCCGAUGUAUCUUCGGCUAUCCUGUUGAAAUUACUGGGACUGUCGAUAAAGGAACUCGUUGUCACGCAUUCCAGAUUUUUGGCGCUAGCCCUAGGAAUGAUUUAUAUGGGAACCCGGGAUGCCAUAGAAACGCCAUCCGCAGCGCUCGAAGCUCUGCCGGAACCAUACAAUUUUGCUUCGCAAACUAUGCUACAAAUUUGCGCGUACGCGGGUACUGGUGACGUAUUGAUAGUGCAAGAACUUUUAAGAAUCUGCUCGGAAGCGACUGAGGAAGUGACGAGCGCGAAAACGACACCCGACAAUACCCCGAUACCAAGCUGCUGCGAUCAAGGAAGACCACAAAGUAGCCCUACCAAGUUAGAAAAGAAUAAAAAAAACAACAGUCAAACCGACGAUUCUGCUAAGGACGUUGGAACACCGCAGGCUAUAGCAUCUCUUGGAGUAGGUGUAGUGGGACUUGGAGAAGGAAAAGAAAACUCGAGGAUCUUUGGUCAGGUCGGAAGAUAUGGUCCAACGCCAGCGCGACGCGCUAUGCCCCUCGCGUUGGCCUUAUCUUCUCUGUCAAACGCCGAUCCAGCGGUCUUGGACGUGUUAAACAAGUACAGCCACGACCACGACGCCGAGGUCGCCCUGAAUGCGAUCUUCGCCCUCGGCCUGGUAGGCGCCGGUACCAACAACGCACGACUGGCGACGAUGUUGAGACAGCUGGCGGCUUAUUACGCGAAGAAUCCGUCGCACCUGUUCCUCGUACGCAUUUCUCAGGGUUUAGUACACCUGGGCAAGGGCACUUUAUCUUUAUCACCCUUGCGGUAUGGUUCGAAAGUUUUAGACUACACCGCCCUGGCUGGUCUGAUGGUUGUUCUGGUUGCUUGUUUAGACUGCAGGAAUCUUAUAUUAUCUCAGUCUCACUAUUUAAUGUACUGCUUGGCAGUCGCGAUGGAACCAAGGUGGCUAGUCACCGUGGAUGAAAAUCUUAAGGUGUGCAAAGGGAUUAUCCAAAUUCCAGAUUACCCAGAUUAUAAGAUAUAUAGAUAUUCUAGGCUUAGAAAUGACGUUUUCAAUACUUCACAGAAUUUGCCGGUGUCAGUGAGAGUCGGUCAAAACGUGGACGUUGUAGGGAAAGCAGGUAAUCCGAAAUCCAUUGUCGGUGGUCAUGUACAAACCACACCAGUGUUGCUAUGCGCGGGCGAAAAGGCGGAAUUAGUGUCGGACCAAUAUGAGCCGCUCUCCAGUGUGCUGGAGGGUUUCGUGAUCCUUCGCGAAAAACAGGCUGUAGCGAGUUAAAAAGCUCCAAGUUUGAUAUUCUGCGGUAGUUCCUUUGAAUUACCUUUAGACGGAUUGCUUUUACCGGAGAACGAUGCCAGCAAACACCUGCGAGCAAAUGGGAAUCUUUCCCCAAGAAUCUACAUGAAA